AUGCCUUUAUUUAAAAGAGAAAAAAGUAGCAAUGUAGAGAAAUGGAAUCGUUCUGCAGACGAGACAUCUGAAGAGAAAAGGUUUGUGUGUGUGUGGGGCGGUGAUGGCUUGCCAGGUGAGGCGGUACUGGCCUUGACAACACAGCUCUCUCAGUAUCAGCCUUCUGCCCCGCUCGUAAUUCCCACUUCUUGUCGAAACGUUACCGAUCGUUUCUCGUGA